AUGAUGUCGUCAGCGGCAACGUCUGCAUCCUCCAUGCACAGCGGCCGGUCAGAGGAUAUCGAGGCGAGCCGCCUGUCUCAUGUGCAGCCUGAUCUGGAUACCCUGGUGUCGCACCUUGCGGCCGCCAAGCGAUCCCUAUCUUCGAUCCACCAUGUCUGGAGGGCCAACGAGAUAGUGACUUCCGCCCGUACCGCGCUGGAGGAGAGCGUCGUCGUCUCGGCCCGAACCGGCUUCCUGCGCCGAAGCCUGGACGAGCAGAUCCGGCUCCUCUACAAGGUAAGGACCGAAGUAGAAGACGUAGCUCAUCGUGGUCGGGCCGACUUUGCAGGGGCAAUCAAGGACCUAGAUGCUGUCGACAGCGAAUUGCAGCGGACCCUUGACAGCCUGCGUGAGACCACGCUCGAGCCCGCGUUUCGUCCCGAGCAGGAGGUAUCCAAGACCCUGCACGACUUUAUCGACGAGCAUGCAGUGGACGACAUCCAAUCUCUGCUCAAGGACGCAAUCGACAAUGUUACCUCGGCCCAGUCCGAUCUGGACGUGUCAAACCGGGCGUUUGACAACGAUCUCCAGUCGAUUCAGCAGGCGCUCGAUAAAUAUAGAUUGUCUAUGAAACGAGGCUCUGUGUCUUCCCUCAGUCUAUCUGCCUCUUCUUCAGCGUCACGGGUUAAGAUGCCAACCCCUGCCGUAAUACCUGAAUUUCUGCACUCCCUCGAGCUAAAUGCACAAGAAAUGGCAGAUCUGCUCGAAUCAUUGGUCCGUCAUUUCGAUCUAUGUGUGACCGCUGUCAAGCACACGGAAGGAGGCGGGGUUGUUGCACGGAACAUCACCGGCGACCUCCCCACUGAUGUUGGAGCUGGGAUACGGGCCGGCGGUGAUGUAUACAGCGACAAUGAUGAUAUCAACAACCCAAACCCGCAACUUGAACCUCUUACCGACUCUGACUACCGCGAUAUGAUCGGCGUAAUCGCCAAGGACGCCGCAGAAGCAGAGGACGUUGUCCUCGAAAUCCAAGACCGCAUCGCAGAGAUGGAAUCAACCUUAGACAGGGUGCUCGAGCAACGAGAUUCCUUGAUUGCCGCCUCCGUGUCUACCACCGCCGUGUUUCGCCGGUUAUCUGAGUUCGAGGCAACUCGUCUGCCAGAAUAUGUCGCGCAGUCACAUAGUUUUGAGCAAACAUGGAAAACAGAACAUGAACGCAUGCAGUCGGGGAUGACUGAUUUGAAUGACUUGCGAGGCUUAUACAUGGGAUUUCUAGACGCAUAUGAUGGGUUGAUACUUGAAGUUGCGCGUCGUAUGAGCGCGAAAAGGGCAGCCGAGGACAUCCUAAACGAUGCACGCGCGAGGCUGGAUGCAUUAUACGAAGAAGAUGUUCAGGCUCGAGAAGCGUUCCGGAUAGACCAAGGCGAUUACCUGCCCUCGGAUAUCUGGCCAGGUCUAAGUACUGGGCCAAGCAGAGUGGUGUUCCAGAGGGUACAUGCAGAUAAAACAGGUACAGCUAUUCAAGCUGAAAGGACUACGCCAUUAGAUAAGGGACUGGGCCAGAAUGACGCUGACAUACCCACAGGAGGAGACGACAGGGUUACAGCUAACGAGGACAAACCAGAGUAUAUCGGUGAGAGUAUCCCCAAUUUGCCCAGGCACGUCAUCGACCAGGCAUUCGCACGCCUAAACUCCAGAGGGUCUCAGCUCCCUUCAUAA